AGAGAGAGAGAGAGAGUGAGUGUGGAUCUGAACCUGAGACCUGGACAGAAAAUGCCUCUCCUUUCUAACUUAACGACCAUUGUCUUGUUGCUGAUUGCUCACUGCGGAUCUUCGACUCAGGCUAACCGCUUGGGCCCCUACAAGGGUUGUCUCUCAUGUAAAGAACCAGGUCGGUCCCCCCGCGACCAUAUUGGGCAGGCAGGCAGUACAUCCGUGUUGGCCCAGGGAGAGCCCUGUGGUGUGUACACCCUGAGCUGUGCCAAGGGGCUGCGCUGCGUGCCUCUUCCUCGGGAACACAGCCCUCUCCAGGCUCUGUUGCAGGGCAGGGGCUUCUGCACCAAGCACAGCAGGACCAGUCCCACGGAGAGGCCCCACCCCACAGGUAAGACUGAGACACACACCACCGGCACGUCUAAUAGUAUUCAAUUCAGCUCUGUGUUGUGUGUCAGUAUGAAAAAUGUAUGCACUCACUAACUGUAAGUCGCUCUGGGUAAGAGCGUCUGCUAAAUGACAUAAAAGUAAAUGUAAAUGUGUGUGUGUUAGGGCAAUUAUACUACAGCUUAGUUUAUUAAGGGGGUAGCUGUAGUAACACGUAGUAGGAUACACACUCUCUUAUCAUCAGUGUGAGUAUUGUAUGUGAUGUUGGCGUGCACCAAAUAGAAAUGCUAGUCCUGUAUUAUCAUAAGAGCAUGACAUUUAAUGUUAGAUGCAUGACAAGCACUAAACAUGGAUUUGAAAGGGCUGCAUGGUCUUGAUUUCUAUGCUGCAGUGCCUCUGGAGUCAUGUGACUAGGGUUGCACAAUUCCCGGAACUUUCCAUAAAUUCCCUGGUUUUCCAGAAAUCCUGGUUUGAGGGUUCCGUAUUUGUAUGUGUGUGUGUGUAGGCAUGCCUCAUGAUGCAUAUGAUGUGUAUGGUUAUGGUACUGUACAUGCAUUUCAAAGAGAGGGUGUGAUCUGUGUGUGUGUGCAUUUUCUUGACAGCACAGAAUGAGUGUCACGCUGUCACCCACAUUCAGAUUAUGCUGCUUUUCAUUGCAAGCUCUCCAUCUACUGUUCAGACUAAGCCACUGCGAUCCCUUAGUAAAGACAUGCUACAGGAACUAUACACAUGGGAAAUAUAUACCGGUAUCCAGUAUAUACUUGAUGAUUCAUGUCUUGCAACAGCUUGAAAUAAAAUACUUCUAACUUAUAUAAUGAUAUCAGAGAUGGUUUAAGGUUCUUAAUAAUGCCCUGAUUUAAUGUAUUCUUGUGAAUGUGCUGCUCUCUCCUAUAGGUCCACAUCCUUCGCAUAGUGGUGAAAUAGAAAAGGUAUGUUUUAUCCAAAUAUGAAGCUAAUAAUGAUUUCUAUGUACACUUAACCACACCUGCUUAAAUGUGAGAAAAUAUGUAGAGCUGAUUACAUAAUGUGUUCAUAUUCAUACAGAUAGAUAGUGUAUGAUGGAAGGAGACCGGGAGAGAGUUAGUUAUUACUGAAGCUGCUGUGCUAUCUGGGUGAUACAGUGACAGCAGUACCACAUAUACUGCUAUGAAGCCAUACAUUAUGGGGCAUGAUGUGCAUGCUGCUAUGCGGCAGAACUAAUAAACCAUGAUGUGAAUCAGUAAAGUUUAGACUCGACCGUGGCGACCUUGGAUUUUUCACUUUACGAGAGGUUGAUAUGUGCUAAAACACAAACACAACACACAAUCUGUUUCUACAAUUUGACAAAUACAGUGCAUUCGGAAAGUAUUCAGACCCCUUGACUUUUUCCACAUUUUGUUACGUUACAGCCCUCACCAAUCUACACACAAUACCCCAUAAUGACAAAGAAAUGUUAUGAAUACUUUCCUAAUGCACUGGACUGUAUAUAUAGUCACACAGUUGCUUCAAUCCACUGUCUCAGUGAACUGAAAAAGCACAGCCCUGGUGUAACAAUAUUAUUAUUUAAUGGCAUGAUAGUAUGUGACAUAUAAUAUGUUUAGCUUCUGGCUUCAUGCUGCAUCACUGACAUACAUUUUCUAUGAUAUCCACACGUGUUGUAGCUACUGUAAUAGGCUAGUUAAGGGUUCUCUGCAUUUUCUGUCAUUUAAUAAGCAUUUCUGCUUGUGUAGUUACUUUAUUUAUCUAUGUGUAGUUACUGCAUUUAUCAAUGUGUAGUUACUGUAUUGAUCAAUGUGUAGUUACUGUAUUUAUCAAUGUGUAGUUACCGUAUUUAUCAACGUGCAGUUACUGUAUGCAUCAAUGUAUAGUUACUGUAUGCAUCAAUGUGUAGUUACUGGAUUUAUCAAGGUGUAGUUACUGUAUUUAUCAAUGUAUAGUUACUGUAUGCAUCAUGGGCUCCCGAGUGGCGCAGCGGUCUAAGGCACUGCAUCUCAGUGCUUGAGACAUCACUACAGACCCCCUGGUUCGAUUCCAGGCUGUAUCACAACCGGCCGUGAUUGGGAGUCCCAUAGGGCGGCGCACAAUUGGCCCAGCGUCGUCUGGGUUUGGCCGGUGUAGGCCGUCAUUGUAAAUAAGAAUUUGUUCUUAACUGACUUGCCUAGUUAAAUAAAGGUAAAAAAAUAAAUAAAAUGGUGUUGUUACUGUAUUUAUCGAUGUGUAGUUACUGUAUUUAUCAAUGUAUAGUUACUGCAUCCUUGAUCUGUUUAGGCACCCUGCCGUAAGCUGCUCAAUAGUGUUCUGCGUGGUGUUGAGCUCACUAUCUUCCUGUCUGAUCGUGACAUCUAUAUCCCCAAUUGUGACACUCUGGGCUUCUACAGGAAAAAGCAGGUAGAUACAGAGCAACAUGUUUGCUGACAUGAAUAUUUGCCUGUGUAUGUUUAGUAUGUGUUUAUGAGAUCCAGAGAGUUGCAUGCUAUCCCUCUAUUUAGUUGCAUGCUAUCCCUCUAUUUAGUUGCAUGCUAUCUCUCUAUUCAGUUCAGCCCAAAAAUGUCUCCACGGCCAGAGGCUCUGGAUAAAGGAGAAUUUGCUUCCAGGCCCUCUGGGCUGUGGGCAUGCAGACAAUAGUUAUGUGGUAUGAUGACAUAUUAUCAUUCUCUCUCCUCUCACACAACACAGUGUCGUUCCUCCAAGGGUAUACAGCGUGGCCUCUGUUGGUGUGUGGACGAGCUGGGUACCGCUUUGCCCUCAGGUGCCAGUGAAGACGGCACUUUACCAUGCGAUGGAGACUGAGGGAGGUCUCUGUCCCACAACUUUGAGCCUAGAGGAGGGGGAAUAGGAGGAGGAGGAG